GUGGAGCGAGUCGCUCGGUCUCGGCAGCGUUCAUCCAUUCUGUGCGGCACUCCCCGUAUAGAGCUCCGUGCGUCCUCGGUGCGAACCGGAGCUGCGAUCGGGGUGUUUUGUACCCUUACCGGGAAGCACGGGACAAAAAGCUAGUCGGAAUACCCUUCAGUAACCCCUUUCAGUCACCGAUUCCGGUUUGAGAGAGGACAUGGAAUGACGGAGAGCGGGAGAAAGAGGCUUUUUUGAGGACGGCGUGCUCCGGUGAAACCCAACAUGGCGCUGCUGCGAGGUACGGCCGAGCUGAAUUAAUUUCUCCGAGUCCGCCGACCUCGCCACCUGUAUCCUUUGGGGGCCCCCGGCCGCACGGCGCAUUGGCUCUCCAAAAAACUGCUCAAGGGACCAUAACGGAUUGUUUUAAAUCGGGGAUUUGUCUUUAUUCUGACAUUUUCCCCCAACACGCAGGAUCUUCUUUUUGUUGCUUGAUGGAAACCUAAGUGACAUUUUGCAGCAACAAAAAAGUCCGCUAGAAAUAUAGGCUAACGGGGGAGAGUUUGCUGUAGACAAUAGAUAAAAGACGGGAGCUUUAUAUGUAAGGCUUGUUCCGUUUCGUGACAAGUGGAUAACCUGUUAGACACUUUUAGGUGUUUUGUGGUUGGGAUUGUCUGCCUCCAGCAGACAGGACCGUAACCGGGCUCCAGUCUACGUACGCACGGAUCGUUGCUCUCGUAGUUAACUUGGCAAAACAGGAAAAAGGCGUUGGGGCGCACGGACGACGGCUGGAAGCAGUACCAAUUAACCAGGGCAACAUCUGUUCGUGAUGUCGGUGCUGAGACACAGACCAACCUGGAACUAAGACAAGGGAACCACAUCACACAAAACAUGGUGGAUGCGAGGUUAACGCCCCUGGCAGCCAUGGGGCUGGACCGAGGCACUCUGAUGCAUGAUGGUCUUCGCCUCCACGGUGGGGUUGUCUACCCGGGAAUCCGAGCGCUGCAGACUGAAAAGAGCCGUGAGGGCACAGCCCUCCCUCUUGGUUAUGGCAGGGAAGGUCUCCCAGAGCUCAUCUACAAGCCUGAUGGCUCUCUGGACAGCCGUAAGGCCACCAAUGGAUACCUGGGCCUCUACAAAGGCACCCCGCCGGGCCUCCACAAACCUGUGCUGGUUCCUGGGACCGGAGCCGAAGGCCUGGGGCUGGAACGCAGAGGAGUAGGGCCUGGGGAGAAAGCAUCUGAACUGAGUUUGGCAAGUGCUGGUGGUAGCUACCUUCGCUUGCCCUGGUUGAGCCCCUACCCUGAAGCAAGCAUGUAUCCCUUCAUGGACUCAUCCAAGUAUGCAGCUCUGAGCAUGUACAAAGCCUCUUUGCUCAGCCAGCCCAACCCCUAUCUGCCCCAGCACCUGGCCUACCAGUCUCUGUGUGCAGCCCAGGGGGGCAGUGUGAACCCUGCUGCAGCCGCCUCUGCAGCAGAGAGACUCUACUAUAUGCCCCACUAUCCUCCUUCACCCAUCUCUUCUCCCCUAGUUGCGCCCCCGAUGAGAAUUCCUGCAGUCACAGUAGCGCCCACAUCACUAGUGCAUUGCCAGGACAAGGGGCUUAGUGUUGGACCCCCAUUUGGGCAGCAGCUCCACCAACCUUCCCCACAUCCUCAGCACCACCAGAUUGCCACAGACAGGGACCGGUCCCCCAGCAGGAGCAGUAAACCUAGCAGGCCCCCCUCUAGGAAGGGCUCCAGCAACAACAACAGCAGCAGCACUAGUAGUGCUAGCAGUACCAGUGGUGGGAAUAAUAGCAGUCUUCCCAUCGAUUCUUCUCCUCAUGCUUCUUCUCGCCUCCCCCAGCCUCCUCCCUCUUCUGCCCUCAUUGACAGUUCCCUUGAUUUACAGAGGCCAGUCCCUAGGAUGGGGCAACCCCCCACCACCUCCACCUCUUCAAUAUCUGUCUCCUCCUCCUCCACUCAGUCCAUUCCUCAUCCAUUCUCUGUGAGCAGCAUGGCAUCAGACCAGCCGUCUCCUGCGCGGCCCAGCCCCCACAAACCCAGGCCGAGAGACGGGGCACCUGAGCACCGAAGUGUGGGGAGUGAGAGGAGAUCUAGCAGGUCACCUUCUAAACCUAGUUAUGAUCGGCCAGCUCACCAGCCCCUGCCUACCAAAGAUCCAACAGAGAAACCUUUGGACCUGUCUGGGAGGAUGCUGGAGUUUGGCCUGCCUCCCAAUGGAUUCCCUGUUAAGAUGGAUGCUUUGGCUCCUGGGGCGCGCUAUGGACUGCCCCCCAGCCGAGAGCUCUUAAAAGAGACUCUGUCCUUGUCUCCUUCCUCCCACCCUCACUCUGUGGUCAGCAGCACUUCCUCAAAGGUCUCUGAGAGACCAGAGAUGAUUAGCACUUUACACUCCUCCUGGGUUGUACCCACCCCCUCCCCUUCCCAUACACAGCUCAACCCAGGCUUGCCCUCCUCUCCGAGACCUAACCCAGACUUGGGCCCUCCCCAAGCCAAAGGCUCCUCUCCCUCUGUUAUCAAACACAAAGGUCUGGAGAGAGUCCUCCCCCAGCAACGUAGCUCAUCCUGUCCAAGGAUAGGAGAGCCCAGCCUUACUGUAUCAUCCACUCAACACUCUGGCUCUUCUCUGGUCACCUCGAGACCUCUCUCUCCCAAGCCCAAUGGUGAGUGGGCCAAACACAGCCCUAGCCAAUCGGAGCAUCCUCCAGUUCUGGGCCACCACAGAGAGGGAACAGAAAAGUCCCCCCAAACCUCUAAGAGAGGCGAAACAACUCCAGAGGUGUCAUCAUACAAGAGACCCUGUUUGGAGAACGGUCACCCUGCUGGACACCUUUACCUUCCUCAGAGUGAUGCUUACUUGAACCACAGCUUGGCCUAUGCCAAUAGAUAUCUGCACUACUCCAUGUCUGAUGGAAUGGCCCUCCACUCCCUUCCAAUGGCAGGAAAAGGCCCAGUCUACCCUCACCCAGUCUUGCUGGGCAGCAAUAACCUUUACCAGGCUCACCUGGCAGCCAAACACCCUUUACCCUACCACAACCUCUCAACUGGCCCCGGAGGUGAGUACCUCACCUAUAACUCCCAGGAGAUGGCCCAUCCCUUGAUGCAGCCUCACCAAGACAAACCAUCAGAGAGGGGAGAUACAAGUUUAAAGCACCGGGGGCAGGAGAAAUCCAGGGGCCCAGCUGAGGAAAGUGGAGGCCACAAGGACCGCACUGGUGUGAUAGAGAAGGGGGAAGGGACCCAAAUAAAGCCUGAGAGGAACACAGGUGAGCAGGGUGGUUGUCAGAGUAAACCCCCCUCUUCAUCUGCAUCCUCCAGAGAGAAGAUUGUCUGCAUUGACCUUGUUCACUCAGACACAGAUAUUGAGUCGACCCCAACAGUGCACAAACAGCCUCCUCCUGUCCCCAGCAUUAAGGCCAACCAAAAUGAAUGUUGUCAUAGCAACCAAAAUCAGACAAAGACUGACUUUGAGCCAAAACACCAACACCACCCUUCCCAUUCUCAUCCCAUCCACCCCGGUCAGAACCCCACCCUCAAGCCCAACCACACUGACAGACAGCCAGAAACUCCCUUUGUGAAACCAAGGGUUUCCCAGGACACAGGCUGUCCUGGUGUGACAUCUAGCCUCCCCCCAAAUUCUCCUGGACAGGCUAGCUGGACAGAGGAGAGCCUUGAGGAAAAGAGCCCAAGCCCAGAUCCUGGAGACCAAGACCAGAGCACCUUACGCUGUGCCCGCACAUCUGGGGAGCGCAGCUCUGGCAAGGACAAAGGGGAUAGGGACAGACGAGCACUUCCUCUUCCCACCCAGUGCAUCGCAGAUGUGGCGACGGAAGCAGAGUGUGAAAAGGUGCACAAAAGAGAGAGUGAGAUGGAAGAUAGCAUUGUGGAUCCCGAGGAGUCUCACGGGGAAGGGGACGAGGAAGAGGACGAGGGUAGGGAGGCUUCAUCUAAAAGCUCUCGGAGAUCCAGCCUGGCCAAGAGAAUCGCUAACUCUUCAGGCUACGUUGGCGACCGCUUCAAAUGUGUCACCACUGAGCUGUACGCUGAUUCGAGCAAGUUGAGCCGCGAGCAAAGAGCCCUGCAGAUGGAAGUCAUAUCACGAGAGGAGAGUAAUAUAAGUCAACCUGCAGCUAACUGGGAGCGGGCGAUGAUGCGGUUCUCGGAGCUGGAGCUGAAGGAGAAGGAGGGCGGCGGUGUGUGUGUGUCUGCCUCGGCAGCGGCAGCAGGACGGGACUUGGCAGACGGCCAGCGCGGAGAGCGAGUGCUGGAACACUGCCAACACACCACCAGGCCGGGAGAGAGGGAGGGUGUCCGGCCGGGCUACGGCAACAACAGAGUUCCAGUCCUCCAGAGGUGCGGCGGCCCGAGGGAACCCCUGUCCUCGGGGCAGGCGGCUCGAGACGGGGCCAGGCACACCGGCCAAGGAGGACUGAGGGACGGAGCCAGGAAGGUGGUGAGGGAGGCUGAAGGAGGGCUUUGUGCGCCCCCCACCUUGGCACCGGCAAACGGGUACCUCCAGGAGAGGGCCGUCCCCGGCUCGGGGCCCGCCAGGAAACGCCCCCUCGGCCUCAAGGCGGAGGAGGAGGACGACCGGGAGAGGGAGGAAGGCGACAGGGCGCCCCACCCAGAGAAAAGAGCCAAGAUUUCUGCUGACGAGCGCGAGCUACCUUGUCCCGAUGAGGAGGACGACGACGACGAGGUGAGGAAGCUCAAAGUCUGCAUCGAGCUGAAGGGACUGCGGCUCAGCAAGCCCACGGCCGGCGCGGCGUCCCCCGACGGGCCAGAACUCAUCAAGCAGGAGCGCGUGUGGCCCCAGGCGCGCUAUCCAGCCCCGGCUCUCAGCCCGCGGGACCGCAAAGUCAGGGCCGGCGACCUGGAGGCGCAGAGAGCCGAGGUCAACAGGAAGUGGGCCUGCGAGAAGCUACUUAACGGAGUGCCGCCCGCCCCCGUCCUCGCCCCCGGCCAGCUGAAGGACAGAGCGCCCCCGCCAGGCUCCAUCUCAGGUGACCGGGGUCCCGGCAAGGAGCUCAGGCGGGGCCCCCCCUCCCCGGCCCCAGAAGCGUCCGUGGGAGACUCCCCUCCCCUCAAGUCCCGUCGCCAUAGUGACACGGACAAACCCAAGGGCAAGCGGCCGUGCAAGACCAAACACACCAGCCAGAGGGAGCGGGAGAGGGAGAGGGAGCGGGAGAGGGAGAAGAGGAAAGAGGCCACACCUAACGGGCCCAGCCAGCGCUGCGCCGCUGAUCUGGGAUCGGCUGAAGACGACAAGCUGAGUGAGCAGCGUGGCGCUCCGAGGAAGAGAGCCGCCUCCCCUAAUCAUUUCCCCUGCUCUCCGGUCAAGCCCUGCUCCCCCGCUGCGCUCCGUCCGCCUGCCCUGCAGCCGCCGGCGAACGGCAGAGGGGGCAGCGUCCCACCAGAGGCGACAGGGGUGCGCAAGACCCCCCCUGCCGAGCCCCCCGUGGUGCGGCCGAUUCCACCGGAGGCUCGCCGGCUGAUCGUGAAUAAGAACGCCGGGGAGACUCUGCUCCAGAGAGCGGCGCGGCUCGGCUACGAGGAGGUGGUGCUCUACUGUCUGGAGAACAGAGUGUGUGAGGUGAAUCACCGGGACUACGCCGGUUACUGCGCUCUGCACGAGGCCUGCGCCCGCGGCUGGCUCAGCAUCGUCCAACACCUGCUGGAUCACGGGGCCGACAUCAACUGCAGCGCACAGGACGGCACCAGGCCGAUCCAUGAUGCAGUGGAGAACGACCACCUGGACGUGGUGCGAGUCCUGCUGUCGUACGGCGCCGACCCCACCCUGGCCACGUACUCCGGCCGCGGCCUGCUCAAGAUGACCCACAGCGACAGCAUGGAGCGCUUCCUCACCGAUUAUUUUGCUGACCUUCAGGGCCGCUCAGAUGACGACCCAGGGCUUUAUUGGGAAUUCUACGGCAGCGCUGUGUGUGAGUCCGGCGAAGAGGGCGGCGUCUACAACAUCCUGGCGGACCCCCCGGGUCCAGAGGAGGAGGAGGAGGAGGACGACAAGAGGGAAGUGUUUGAGUUUGAGUUCUCUGACCGACCUCUGCUGCCGUGCUACAACAUUCAGGUGUCCCUCUCCCAAGGGCCCAGGAACUGGCUGCUGCUGUCCGAUGUGCUCCGGCGGCUCCGGAUGUCGGCUCGUGGCUUCCGGCAGGCGUUCCCCCACAUGGAAGUGGUGACGGUGGCCGAGGCGGAGUUCUACCGGCAGGCCUCGCUGUCGCAGCUCUUCUCCUGCCCGGAUGAGCUGGAGGGCUUCCAGCCGGACAGCAAGGAGCUGCUGGACCUGGUGGAGGGCAGCGCCGAGCUGGCCGCCCUGCUGGGCUCCACCCUGGAGUGCCUGGACGACCGCUGGGACCAGCCGGGGGACAGACUGAAGGACAGAAUCAAGGCUGUUGGCAAGCUGGGCUUAUCGUGACCCCUGGCCCCCCCUGCACCUCCAACCUUGACCUUGACUGACGGCUGUUUGCUUUAGAACCAACCAGGGGUUAUGAUGAUAUGCCUUAGCCCGACCCUUAGUUCCCGCGCCCCGGCCCGCCCCGGACCAGCACUGGUGCACUGUACAGACGAACGGACCCGCUGGCUGACAGUGCCACUGAAACGUUUCCCUCCAUCAACUGAGGAUCAAUAAAUUAGUGAACUCAUGAAACUUAAUAAUGGUCUUAUUUUUAUAAAUUGAUUUAAUAUAUGUAUAAAAAAAAUAUAAAUAAAAAUAUAUACAUAUAUAAAUAUAUAUAUAUAUAUAUAUCAAGAGAUUUUUUCUUUUGGAUGUUGCUCACGACUCCUCUUUGAAAGAUUUUGUAUGGUAAAUGAGAGAAGAGUGAUUUGGAUGGAGUGUGUGAGCGCACGGCACGUUGUGUUUGUGUGUCGCUGUACAGGAUAGAGUACUGAGGCUGUGCUUUUGAAUGUGGCAUUUGUGUUUAUAGGAAGCACAUGAUGUUUUUUUUCUCCUCAGACUUUAGCGCUCGCUUGAGCCUCAGGGGCUUUUUUUUUUUUUUUUUUUUUUUUUUUUUUU